AUGGAUAUGGACGAUGACCCAACAAGCAUAAUAUUGAACCAUGAUUUGCCUGCCGCGGUAGAUCCGACUGUAAUCAGUACAAAUACGGAUCCAACGGCAAUUCUCACGACUACACGUAGAACGCAAGUGAAAUUAACCGCUGAAAGAUUAUUAAGUGAAAGGGGCUUACCAUAUAUAAUGAAAAAUGCACCAAAGAGGAUAAGGAUUAGUAAAAGGAAGUCUGGAUACGAUAAUCUGACUAAUAUAAUACAAUUCUAUCAACUAUGGGCACACGAGUUAUACCCAAAAGCCAAAUUUAAUGAUUUCUUAAAAUUAUGUCAAACGUUGGGGAAGACUGAUAGAGAACUGAGAGAGUAUAGAACAAACUUGUUUAUGAUGGAAAUGGAUAAAACAAGAAUGGGAGAUGGAUCUGCCAUGGAAACUACCUUAUCUACACAGCAACUUCCGCAGGGUAUUACACAUUCGACAAGUAGUAUAGGAGAGGACUCUGGUGUAGCACAUAUUAAUGCAGUUGAACAACGAUCUCUCUUUGUUACUGAUCCAAAUAUGACAGCUACAGACGUCGAGAAGGCUACAGAACGAACUGGAAUUCUCGAGUCUCACAAUAGUCAGCCAGAAGCAGCUUCUGCUGUAGCUCCGGAAGAAAAAGGUAGUAAUGACAGUGACGAUGAGUUAUAUUCAAUAUCUCUCAAUAAAUCAAGAAACCAGACUGUAUUGCCGGAUGACGAUGACGAAGAAGAGGCAGACACGCAGAUACCGGAAAAGCAUAAUAUGGAAAGCACACAAAUAAUUGGUUCAAAGGAGCAGAACAUAUUAUCCGGAGAGGAGAGGAUCGAUGAAGAAUUGGAGAUGAUGAAAGAACUACAAAAUCAACAGUUACAGACCCAAAGAAUCGUAGAGACUCCGUUGGAAGAUGAUUUUGAAGAGGAUGAAGAUGCUAUGGAAGCCAUGAAAGAAUAUGGGUUUUAA